AUGGAUUAUAACGAAGAAGAUCCGUUCGCUUCAUUCGAAGACUUGACUAACUUAUUAUUAAAGAUGCAAAAAAAAACAUUCACAAUUAGUGGAGAUAAUAAUCAAUACAAGCCAUAUAUGGAUCCACGAGAUUUUAAUGUAUUAUGGAGAUCUUAUAUAUACUCUUUAGGUCAGAGAAGUGAACUUUUACCAAGAAUUCAAGAUGAUGAAUUAGAUAUGUUCGAAAAAAUGAACAUAGGCGAACAGAUCAGUAAACUGAAUAUAUUUUUGAGAUCUGAAUUCUAUUACUGCUAUUUAUGUGGCAAACAGUAUGCCAGUGAAGAAGAAUUAUACGAAAAAUGUCCUGGAAUAACGAAAGCCGAUCAUACAUAA